AGUGACCGGGUGGUGGCGCUGUGAGUGAGUGAGUGAGUGAGUUGUUGUGGUGACAAUGACCGACUGUAACGCCUCUUCGGACGAUCCCCGGAACGCGGUGACACCCGACUCCGCGUACAGCGAGAAUGGAUUCGAUCCGUCCUUCUUUACAGAUAGCCCGAGAAAGGGAAACAUAGGGUCACGAGCAAACAGCAUUACAUCCACAACGGGCUCCACCAGUGCCUCAUCUGUACCCAACACAGCUGAUUGCAUGACAGACAAUGAUUGUUCUCCAACUGCAGAUGAUGAAGACAGUGACUACAGGCAAGAGCCUGCUUACAAAGAGACUUACAAAGAUCGACGGAGACAAGCACACACUCAGGCUGAGCAAAAGCGACGUGAUGCUAUAAAGAAAGGAUAUGAUGACCUGCAGGCAAUAGUCCCCACAUGCCUACAACAAGACUUCGCGAUCGGGUCCCAGAAGCUGAGCAAAGCCACAGUUCUUCAAAAAACAAUUGAUUACAUUCAGUUCUUGCACAAAGAGAAGAAGAAGCAGGAGGAGGAACGGUCCACUCUCCGCAAAGAUGUCAUGGCCCUGAAGAUCAUGAAGGGGAAUUAUGAACAGAUAGUCAAAGCUCAUCGAAACAACCCUCAUCAAGGCAAGGACCAGGUGACGGAUCAAGUCAAGUUCAGCGUAUUUCAGGGCAUAAUGGAUUCCCUUUUCCAGUCCUUCAAUGCCUCCAUCUCUGUGGCCAGUUUCCAGGAGCUCUCCGCAUGUGUCUUCAGCUGGAUUGAAGAGCACUGCAAACCACAGACUCUACGAGAGAUUGUUAUUGGUGUCCUUCGGCAGUUAAACAGCCAGCUGUACUGAGGAGCUGAUUUAUAUUACAGUCCCCGAUAUUCCAUCUCCAUAUGUUAUUGUUUCGUUUUGAAGAAAUUGGUUUGUUUUAUUAUUGUAAUUGAAGAUGUGGAUUAUUUUAUUGUGCGAUCUUUGUAAGUAUAAAUUAUAACAAAUGCUAGAUCUUGCCCCUAUCCAGCUGGGCUGAAUCACCAAAUCCUACACAGGAUUUUACAAGCCCAGUUGUGUGUCUUUCAGGACAGAUUAGUAGUUUCUACAAAAUAUGUGAAUGUAUAACUAGAGGGAGUACUCUGAACAGAAAUCACUUUUUGACUUUCAAAUAUUCGAUUUUUAUUUAUGGGGAAUGAAUUCCUUUUGCUUUAAGAUGAGUUUCUUUCAAACGCAGGGCAAAAAAAAACAACUCCUGUCGUUUGGGAUUUUUUCGAAUUGUAAUCGAUCACUGACCCGUCCACUCAAGAAAAAUAAGUUUGUAGAUUUUCACCACACUCGCUGGUGAACCUCAGCUUGACUAAUGGAUCCGUUCAAUAACAGGAAAGUUGCAUUUGGCUCCGACCCCAUUCGUUUGUCAGCGAAACGGAUGUAACCUCAGUAAUCUAAUGGAAAUAAUAGCACUUGUAUAUAUGGCUGCUCAUGUCAAUUUUUGUUCAUUGAGAGUAGAUUUACCUGUAUGUUUUCUUUUUUCCCUGAUCUCCAUCAGCAGCAAGUCCAAAGUCUGACCCAGCCUUUAGGAGGUUUGGUGAUAACGUGACUCACCCAGCCUAGCUCCCACUGUGAUUCAUUUAAGCUCCCAGCAUUAAGCUAACAUAGCUGCAAAACUAAAUGAACAACAAAAUGAAUUUCAGGUCCUCUCAGCUUAUAAACCUCACUGGUUUAUUAUCAACGUACGACUGUGACUCAUUUUUAGUCAUUCCUGCUUUCACUUGUUUUGUGUCUAGACUAUUUUUAUGUGUUUUUUGAAUUUACAAAAUUGUGCAUUGACAUUCAAAUCAGUUCUUUAUGUAACGCUUUCAGUGGCUGUGAAGCUGUUACUUACAAUCUUGCACUAUGUCUGAGGUGUUGGAUGUGGUGCUAAGCAGCAAUUCUGCAGAUUGUUUUACUUUUUAAGGACAGUGUAUUUAGGAAACCAAAUACCAACCAUUUAAGCGAUGUAAGAGGCCUGCUGUUUGUGUACGGAUUGAAAACUGUGCUGCCCUCCACCGCCGGCAGACUUAACAUUCUGCAACAGUCCCUUUCAAACUGAACAUUAUAUCAAUGCCCACUCCUGCAGACUGAACACUAUCAAAAUAACCUUCCCAUACAGACUAGAAGCUGUAUCUCAGUACCCGCCCCAUGUCGACUGUACUCUGUACCCGCCCCAUGUCAAUACGUACCCUUCCUAUGCAAACAGUAGUGUUUCAAUACCGUGGACACUAUCUGUGCCCCAUGCAGACUGAAAACUACAUCAAUACCUUUGUUCUCCUGUGCAGACUGAAUCCUGCACCGACACCCCCUCCAGAAGGAACCCUAUGUUCGAAUCAAACCCAACCUCACUCCCAUCCCCAGAUAGGAAGCUGGGUCUGUGACCCCUCCCACACGCUGACUGGUUGCAGUCUAUAAGUGUCUUACUCUGUGCAACUGCCCGCAUUGUGGCUUGUCUGCAGGUGCUUACUUAGUACUUUGUUUGAAAGUAAUCUUCAACUGAAACAAACCUAUUUCCUGCUUGUUUUUGGUUAGGCUGUUCGUUAUAUAGAAUUAUUUUUGUAUUGGAUGUAAUUACAAUAAAACAUCAAAUGUGA